AUGAAAAUCAAGCUCCCGAAGCUGCCUUCAGGUAAUUCAAUGUUUCCGUUGCUCUUGAUCAAGUUGUUUUGAAAGUCCAUUAUUUCGGAACAUGCCGCAGGGUAGAACGACAACCGGGAACAAUUACAUGAACUUUCUGAAGUUGAUUAUACGAUUGCUAAAUUUUUCUAGGCAGCAUUUUUAGCUAACAUAUUUUGUGAAUCUGAACAUAAUUUCCAGUUUUUGAAAAUUGCGAAAAAUUUUCAAUAUGACUUUUUUCGUUUUCAGUCGCAAUUUUUUUGUCCUUGGUCGUCUCUCUCGGAUCUUCUUCCGCCUUGGUAUCUGCUAGAAAAGAGUUGAAAGUCGCGAAUCUUAGAAGAGGUCGGUUUUUUUUUUCGUCUCUUCUAAUUAGAUUAUUUUUCAGUGUUUUGUACUAAGCCGGUUUUUGGCAUUGUCGACGACGAAACUUGUGGGUAUGAACAGCUUUGCAAUUGCUUGAGAGAUGAGAUCGUCUUAAAAAAUCUCCUUGGCGACUCUCUCAAUAAGGGAGCUGCUCUCGCAUUAACAUUGCUUACUUCCUCUAGAAUUGAACUGGAAGACAAUAAGGACGUUAUACAUUUUGGGCAGUUAGAAGAAAUUUCGUUCAACGCAACAGAUUCUCAAGAAUUUCCAGGUUCUUUUUUUCAUCUUGAAUUCGUUAUUUUUGAAUGAUUAAAUUUACCCAAUAGAAAAAAAGUAACCACCUUUCUAUGAUCCGUUGUAAUACUAAAAAAGGCUUGAAUAAGCGCAAAAACGUUUUGACGACCACUAAUUUAUAACUGAUCGGAAAACUUUUAAUUUAUAUAAGUUAUAAUUUCUUAAAAUACAAUUUGAUUUUUUUUUUUCAUGUUAUAUGCUUUUUUAAAAGUAACUUUCGCGAACAGUUCUUUUUUUCAUAUAGCUCAAGAAAAAGUUUUCUCACGAGGAUUACAGAGGCUCUGAUUCGUAUCAGACGUACUAAUGUCACCGAAGAUUCGUUUAAAGUGUUGAAGUCCAUCAAUAUCAGUCCGUUGGAGUCGUACUGUAUAAAAGGAACCAUCUUCGAUAUAGACUAUAUGCAUCCGAAGCCGUGGAAGGUCUUGAAAGACCUGGAGAAGGUUUGAGGAGUUCUUCAUCUUGCUUGAACUUGUUUUUUCAGAAGGUAUUGGAGCCUUGUGCUACUCUGUUGGCGACGAAACCUCCAGGUAGUACGCGCACUCUCAACAAAGGGACGACUUCCGCUCCGGCGCCCCAAGGGGAGACAUGUCCCAUGUCAAACUCUAAAAAAUACGAUUACUUGAGUAAGCGGUUCUUUUCAGUCUUGUGUUGUAUGCUUGGAAAAAGGUUUUAGUUAUGAUUUAUUAUUAAAGGCUAUAGAGCAGAUUGGUAAGGAAGACUUUAGGUAUAGACGCGGAAAUUUAGACAUUUUUGUUUUUUUUUCACUCUCUUUUUUACAGUUUUCUGAUAUUUAUAUAUCUAAAAAUUCAGUUGAAUGGGAUAAAGUUCAUCAAACUGCUUAAAAACAAUUUUUUUUUCGACGAUUCACUCUAGAAAGCCUUUUCCCACAACUUCUCAAUUCGUAUUGGCUAUGUUCAAAAGAAGAAAAAUACGCUUUUCACUUGAAUCAUCGUCCAUUAGAAAUAUUGAUAUUCUUGGUGUUGAACCAGUUUUGUGGAGUUUCUCAAAAAUUUCACCUCUAGAUUAGAUUGCGAAGGUUUUCUUAGUGUCUACUCAGGUAUUUAUGAAAAUUGAUAAAAUUACGAUGAUUGAAAGAAAAACGCUCGGAAAAAAUGAAAAAAAAAAAAUUUUUGUUUGUAUGAAAAAAGUCUGAAUUAAAACUUUAUUAAAGGUUUGUAUUAAAGUUAAAACAACACUGUAAAAAAAUUAUAAUGAAAAGUAGUCUGCCAAGCUUGAAGGAUAAUUUUUUAUAACUUGAUAGACCCCACAAUUCACAAUUGAUUUUAGUUUUUGAGAGCUUCUUCAAAAAAGUUUGCUGCAUUUUUUCAAAAUCCUAUUUUAGUGUACGGUGCUGUCGUGAACCUCGUUGCUAUCAUAUUGUGGGUUUUCCUGACUGUCGGCCUCUUCUUGCGUAUGGAUCGCAAGCUUAAGAAACAGCGGAGAAAACCUACAAAGCGCUGA